CCAAAUGGCCUUCUGGCGCUCGCCGCAAGCCGAAUAGCGAAAUCGGCUCCUCUUCACGCUCGUGUCCUGAGUGUCGUCAGCCGCUACUCUUAAUUUCGUGUAGCAGCUGCUAUGGCCUCUGGGGUUGCCAGUGGUGGUGGCUGUGGGGCCGUGUGCUGCCUGGCUCGGCGCGCCGUAUCGUCAUCCAGAGCGCGCCAGUCGCGCACCUUCUUAGCGCGUAUAGCUUUCCCGCUUCCCGCUUCUGCCGGGCCGCCUACGGUUGCACGACUCGCGUCGUUAGACCCGUUACUAGCCUCCGGCUCUGCCUCUGCCGUUGCCGUUGCCGUUGCAGGUUCCCCUUAUUGCGAAUCCCCGUCACCGUCCGCCGUUUCCGCCGCCGCGACAGCUCGUGUACGCGAUACAGGAACAUCCCUUUUUAGGUCUCGCGCGCAACCCCUCGCCUCUCGCUGUGCGAUCGCCAUUGUCGCCAGGCGACGCGUAUGCGACCACGAUCAUCAGCCCAGAUCACGAGCGUUCAGUCCUGCCCGCGUAUGCGGCCGUUCUUUGAUCAUGCCAAGGGCCGUCUCCCACCACCACCACUGGAACCACCUCCACCGCCACCACCAUGUUAUUUGCCUCCGACCGAGGGCCUUCUCCACAUGUGUUGCUUCUGCUGCCGCUCAGCGCGAAGGUAGACCUCCUGGUACUGUAGCUGAUCGUGAGCGGGAAACGGGUCGAGCUGAAGCGGGUACGGCUGAUGCGUGGUGGGAGGGGGAGGGGGGCCAGGAGGAGAUGGCGAGAGCGAGAGAGGAAAAUGGGGAUGCGUGGGAGGGGUUCGGGGAGAGGGGAGAAGGGGAAGGCGAGGGGGAGGAGAGAGAGGAGGGAGGACGAGGGGGAGGGAGGAAGAAGAAAGGGAAGAGGAGGGGGUCGAGUGGUGUGGAAGAGCAGGGGGGAAUUGUGGGAAUUGAGGAGUGGAGUGAGAGUGGGAGUGAGGGGUGGAGUGCGAGGGGGAAUGAGGGGUGGAGCGGGAGAGGGAGUGAGAGAGGGAGUGAGGGAGGGAGUGAGGGAGUCGGUUCCUCCUCUGCAGCGGGCUUCCUAUCUCUAUCGGACGCGCAUCUGCUGCAGCAGUGUGACGUGGACACAUACAGAGCGUCGGGCCCGGGGGGGCAGCACCGCAACAAGACAGAGUCUGCCGUCCGGAUCAGGCACAAGCCGACGGGAUGCGUGGCCCAGUCGUGUGAGCAGCGGUCGCAGCACAUGAAUAAGGCCACGGCCUUGGUCCGCCUCCGACAGGCCAUUGCCCUCACAGUGCGCACCCCCAUCAACCUGCCCUCCUACGAGCCCUCUCUCGAUCUCCUCCGCAUUCUGCCCCGCUCCGCCUCCAACUCCAAGCCUCAGCAGCGCCCGUCUAAGGCCGACGCUGCUGCCACUCAACCCCAGGCUGCAGGAGGGUCUGGUGGUGGGGAUGCUGCUGCCACCAGCAGUGGUGGCACUGGCAAUGGUAGUGGUAGUGGCGGUGGCGGUGGGGGGGGGGUGGGAGCAGUGGUGGUAGUGGCAGUGUGAGCAAGGUGGCGGGCAGGAAGGUGAAGGACCGGAUCGGCCCGAAUCAUGCUGAAUUUCACAAGGGCGCCAGUGAGCUUCUGGAUGUGUUAUCAGCCCAUGAUGGGAACGUCUCUGCUACAGCCGCCACUCUAGGCAUCUCCACUGGAGCCCUAUCCAAGCUGCUUCUAUCCGACAGGGGUCUCUUGCAGCGAGCCAAUGAGCUCAGAGCCACCGAGGGCUUGAAGCCUCUCAGAUGAAACUAGGGUACCGAACCUCUCUCUCACCUAAGCAUGCUAUGGUGUACAGCAGCUGUGCUUGCGGGAUGAAUUGCACUGCAUUGUGAUACGGAGUUACAGGCAGGCACUCACUGCCAUAUGCAUCAUGCUGAUUUGCAUUGAGGAAAAAUUAUCGUACGGUACCUGUUUUAGGGCACAUGUAAUUCGUGAGCACCCUUUUUCACUACCACCCUGUGCGAGGGGGCUCGUAGAAAACACCAGACUAUACCAUGCCAUGCCAUAUCAGCACGGACUAUACCGUACCGUGCCAUAUCAGUGCAGGUU